AUUGUGACGGGAACAUCGCUUUCAGCAGUACCUACUCCAGCAAAAUUUUCUAAUUGUUCUCCCUCCGCGUCUUCGCAGUUAGAUUGUCCCACUACUGCUACUAGUCUUUCAAGUCCAAGUCCUGCGAUUGACAGUCGUGUAACAACUUCUUGUCCAAAAGUAUUAUUAAACAAAGUGGAAGAACCAGAGAGCAGCAGCUGUAAUUAUGAGCCAUCAUCGAGUGCGUCAGCAGAACAAAUUGUUUCGUCGUCCGGUGCGAGAACGCUGACAGACGAAGCUUAUCCAUCCACUAGUACAACUAGCAGUAAUAUUUUUGAAGAUAAAGAGACAUUCCACGAGUUAUCUCGGACUAUACGUCGUCGAUUCAAACUGUUUCUACCACUUGAUAUUUCCCAUAAAUUAUUUCGAAUUGCAUUGAAGCAACCAAAUACGUUGAAGCAUUUAGGUAUUACUUCAGUAAAAGUUGGUGAAUCGGACAAAAUAUCAGUAGUUGCAACUGAUGCUUCAUUAAACCUACUUUCACUGCCUCAGUCCAGCACAUCUGAAAUGAAUUCUUUAGUUGGUAUGCCAGUGUGUGCUGAUGCUGUUGACAGAGCACAUGUUUAUGAUCCUUACCAAAAUGAAAAUAAUCGUCAUCAGUUAACACCAUCAACCUCAACUGGUCAUACAGUGAGAAAACGUAGAGCUGCUGUUGAUAAAGAUAGGAGUCAUAUGGCGGUUGAGUUGCAAAGUUAUGUAGAACCGACAAAUCUAGCCCCUAAUACAGCAACUAGAAUGGUUUCUGUUAAACACCAGCAACCUCAGACUGCUGCUAACACUAGCAGCCCAUUGCUGGUCAAUUUAUUGAGAAGUUCAUCACCUGGUGCUAGUGUCAAUAUGCACAGUUUACAACACGUUCCCCAUCCUUCGGUUGCUCCUGUAAUGCAGCAAAUGUCAGCACCACCUUCACAAACUCAGGGCACUGUUGGUUAUUCCUCUUAUCCAUACAUGGGACAAAGUGCAUUAGGCGCGUCGGUGCAACCUGGUCGGAUUCGUCCUUCAGCAGCCUUGAUGGAUGCAACUUCUUUAACUACCUCGCCAAAUGCGCAUUCUGAACAACAACAAAUGAUGCAUUCUAUUCCUCAAGAAGCAAGUGUCAGUAUGGAAAGACAUCAACAAAUAGUUGCUCCCCAGCAUCAAAAUCCACAGGGCCAACAGUUACCUCAAGCUUAUUAUGCACAAUACAACCAGAGACGUCCAGUGAUUCCUGGUUUCGCAGUUCGUGGACAAAUGCAACAGCAUCAACAACAGCAGCCUACUGUUUAUGCACAUCAGCAAGGACAGUUAAUGCGGCCUCAUUAUAUUCAUGUGCAGCAGCAACCUAGACUCUCUGGACAGUCUAUGCCAGUUCAUUUCCACCAGACAGUAUCUGUAGAACAGGAUAUGAACACAGCUGUCGUUACUGCUCCCCCCAAAAAGAGAAAACGACCUACGAAGAAACAGUUGAAAGAAGCUGAAAUGGCUGCGGCUGCUGUCGCUGCACAACAACACCAGCAGUUCAUGAUAGAGCAGCAGAUGAAUAGUCGAGUGCCUUCUGCUAAUGCUCAUACUGUCGACAGGCCUGCUGCCAUGUCGCAGGUUAUGCACGUUGCUCAAGCCAGUUCAGGAAUUUCAUAUACACAGCAUGCGCAAGCCUAUCCUCCGCAGACUUUACAUUCUCCUACUGUCUCUCCACAAGCAGCACAGAUGAUGCAGAAUCCAACAUCAAACUCGUAUUAUCAGCAGCAAAAUGUAUGGGUUCCACAUCAGCAACAGCAAAGACCACAAAUGAUAUAUGGUGGCCAGAUACAACAUCAGUGGCAAGGCAGUCAUUCACAUCACCCCCGAAUGUUAUAUCCACAAGGAGAUAACAAACAUGAUCUAAAACAUCGACUUUAUGUAAGAAAAGCAAUUAGAUUUCGUGCCACUGUGCAUAUGAAGGUGUUUUAUGGCUUCGGAAAAAUUGCCUCUUACAAACGAUUUUGGUAUGACGCUAUUCCUGGAAUUGUUUUCCAUAUUGUAGUAUCCGAAAUGAAUGCUAGUUCAUCAGGCAGUGUGCACUGUCCCACCUUGGCAAAUCGAAAUGCGAACAUUGAUUAUUCACAGGCAUCUCAGUCUAGCAAUACAAUGUCUCCACUUUAUCAACAACAACAGCCUAAUAUGUAUCAACAGCCACCAAAUCAGCAAACGCCUUCAUCUAGUUUAAUUUAUUCACAACCAUCUGUAUCACAGCAACAAGUCGUCAUGCCUUCAAGACCUCAGCAGCAACAAUCAUUGUCUAUACAUAGGCAAGAAUCUCACCAUCAGGCAUCUUUUCUUGCUGAGCAACACUGUUUAGAUAUGCAACCAAAAAGUUGUUUGCCUGUAUUGCAAGGUGAAGGGGAUUUUGAUAUGGAUGAUGAAUUGGGUGCCAAUAUAGCUGAUGACUGUUAUUGGAAGGUUUAUAUUACUAUACUGAACAAGAUUUAUGUGGUUGGAGCGAGUCUUGGGCCGAAAAUUUUAAUUUUAGGUGGUCAACAACAACAACAUCAGCAACAACAACAGCAACAACAACAUCAACAGCAACAACAACAACAACAUCAACAGCAACAACAGCAGCAGCAGCAACAACAACAACAGCAGCAACAACAACAACAACAACAGCAGAUGCAGCAAAAACAACAAUUUUACAGUCGUAUGGUCGCUCCUCAAACUCGUUAUGACAUGCAACCUCAAAUGCUGCAACAAAAUGUUGGUUACAUGCGACAGAUUUGCAGCGAUGUGCAUGUACGACAGCAAUGUGGAUUUCCAGGAACAAUGGGCCCACCACAGCCGCAACAACAGCAAUCACUUGCUCAGGAUUAUCCGUCUCCACAACAUCAACAGCAGCCGUCUCAAGGGACGAGUAGCUUAUUCAUGAGCCCACCUCCACAAUCUAAUUCUCCAAAUUCUUUUAUUUCUCAAUCCUCUCCUCAAAAAGAUGCCAAUAAUUUCGCUAUACGGCAGCAGCGACACAUUUCAGUCACGCAGCAGCAACAGCAAGUCCCCCAGUAUGUUCCAUCACCCCUGUCACAACAACAUCAGUCUGUUCGUACACCUCUUAGUGCCCCACCAACUGUGCAUUCACAGCAACAGUUGCAUUCAGCUUGUACAAGAACUGAUGAGUUACAGUCAUCUCGUUCAGAAAGACCGUUACUUUUAAACAAUCCGAAAUUUACUAUCGUUAUAGAUGGUGAAGCAACACCACGAGCACCAACCGUCGAUUCGAACACUGAUUCAAUGGAGAGUGACAAGGACCCAAUCAAUUCUACAAUCGUAGUCCUGCGAGCGCUUUCUGAUCAAGAUAACAUUUCCUCAGCUAGCGUAUCUAAUUAUUCUCGUGGAUCCAGAAAUCGUAUAUCAAUGGCACAAACUUCAUCUAUGGAACAUGGUUCUAAUGAACGGAAGAUAAUGAAUAAUAACCUUACUGCAAGUGUCAGAUCAGUAAAUACUACUACCAAGCAGCUAGGACAGUUUUACAACUCUCAGCAAAUUUCUCAACUUUCAAUUGUUGGUGAAAGUAUGACAGAUGGAACAGGAAUGGGUUCUGGUUCUCAUAAUGGGCAGAUAACUGUAUUAUCUUCAAAUAAAAUGGCAAUGUCUCCUCCGCAAUUAAUUUCUGUUGGUCGUGAGAACCUUCUUACUGUUACUUAUGGUGUAGCAAGCGAAAUAGAUGCCCAUGGUUUACGUAAUAAACAACAGGAGGAUCAAAGAAUUGGUGACAGAAUUUUAAAUCAGCGACCAAAUAGUGCAGUUGAGCAGCGUCAUUUAAGCAAUGGACAUGAAUCCGUAAAUGUAUCAAAAGAGCGCGUGUUCGCGCAGUCUUGCAACGGGAUACUUCCGUUAUCAAAUGAUGAGGACCGAAGGCUAACAAGUGGAUCGAUUUCAGCGGUAACAACACUUUCGGGUGGACAAACUUCCCAACGUUCAUCACCGAAAGCUUUAGGAACUGUUCGGCGUAAUCGCCGUAAAGCGGAUUUGUCUCUGGAAGCAUUGGCUCAUGAUGAUGAAGGUGAAAUUACUGUCCCAACAUUUGGAGCAUCCCAAUCAUCUUAUCAAACCUCCUACAUAAGACGUGUAGGUGGUCCUGGAAGUAUUGUCAUUGGAUGCAGUGGAAAUACUCCAACACAGCCGGCUUUCUCAAACAUCAAUGUACAAAAUGCUCAGAAUAACUUUUCAGCUACAGUGGCUCGUCAGCAACACAUGUUGAAACAACAGAUAUCCUGGUCACCUGUACUAUAUCACCUCACCCUACCAUCCAAAAUAUUAACCUCUAGUAGUAAUUUAGAAAUUUGGGUUGAUAAGUAAAG